GCCUCACACACACACACACACACACACACAAACGCACACACACAAAGAGGAAGAAAAGCCCCCAAGAAGACUCAAGUUUCCAACCACCUUUCCCAUAUCUUCCCAACCUCCUCCUCCAUCCACAUCUCCUCCUCUCCUCUCCACUGUUCUCCUGCCUUCCCCCUUUUUUUUUUGUCUUUCUCCCCCCGGGUUGUUGUUGUUGCUGUUGCUAGAAAGCCUUCUUGCACCCCCUGGUGCUGUUGCGUUUUGUGUGGUAGGCAAGGAGAUUGUCUUCUUUCUCUCUCUCUCUCUCUCUCUCUCUUCUGCUCCCUCUGGUUGCUCAUUAUUCAGAGAGAGACACAGAGAGAGAGAGAGAGAGAGAGAGAGAGAGAGAGAGAGAGAGACGGAUAUCUCAGGUCAUCUGCAGCUGCAGCAAGCCAGUGAAGGAGAGGGAGAGGGAGAGGGGGGGGGAGAGAGAGGGGAGAGAGGGAAAAAAAAAAGCAGGGAAAAAGAUGGCGAUCCUCCAUUGCUGAGACCUGGCAAGGAGCACAUGAGACUCAGGAGGAGAAGGAAAAAAAAGAAAGCCCCAACUUCCAUAACAAUUUGCAGAAGAAGGAGAAGAAGAAGAGGAGGAGCGAGGCAGAGCGGGGAAGGGAGAAGAGUGGAGCGAGACCGGCACCAGCACCAGCACCCGGGACCUGGCUGUCUAUUGCAGGUAAUCUGGCCUCCAGAUGAGAAGUCUAGAAAACUGUGGCCUUCAUUAGGCAAAGAAACGGUUUCAGGGAGGAAAAGGUGUGGUUGUCUGGCAACAGGAAGAAGAAUCAAAUAAAAGGGAGAAGAAAAUCAGUUUUUGGAGAGAGCAAGAAGAAAAAUGUUGUUCGAGAGUUUCCCCCACUGUGGUGCUUGAAAAGACUUUGGAGUUGGAAAUCAAAGCACUGAAUAAGCAAAUGACUAUGCUUAUGACUUCCACUGACUACUUCAACAAUUAAAGAAGAAACUGAUAGCAGUCCAGCAUUGGAGGUUUUGAACCAAGUUGUGACAGGAUUUCCUAAUGUAAAACUUACCAUCAAGGACUAUGGAGGUGCUGCAGUGUGAUGGCUGUGACUUUCGAGCGCCAUCCUACGAAGAUUUGAAAGCUCACAUUCAGGAUGUUCAUACCGCUUUUCUGCAGCCAACUGAUGUUUCUGAGGAAUCCCCGAGCCAGUCGAGGUUUAGUUCUAUGAAUAGUGGUGACCAGACUGAAGUGGAAUAUUCUUCUGUAAAAGAUGAAUUUGCAAUUACAGACGAGAUGGCAGGACAAAAUGCGGCUCAGCUGGGGACUGGAAAUUACUAUAGCCAUAGUCAGAGUUAUUAUAGCCAGCAUAUGCUCUCGAAACCAGCAAGCAAGUUUUUCCAGUGCAAAUUCUGUGUCCGCUACUUCAGAUCCAAAAUCCUCCUCAUAGAACAUACAAGGAAAGUGCAUGGAGCUCAGGCCGGAGGCGGAUCCCCAACUGGAUCACCGGGUGCUGGAUCCUUAAAUUACAACAUCAUGAUGCACGAGGGCUUUGGGAAGGUUUUUUCUUGCCAGUUCUGUACCUACAAAUCUCCAAGACGUGCAAGGAUUAUUAAACACCAGAAGAUGUACCACAAAAACAGCCUGAAAGAGAGCUCUGCUUCCCCUGCUGCUGCCGCCGCCGCCGCCACCACUGCUGCUAUAUCUGAGUCAGCAUCUACAUCUGGACCAGGGCAGGACUCUUGCAAAGAACUUCCUGCUGAAGUUGUGGAACGCAGCAUCUUGGAGUCUAUGGUCAAGCCUUUAACCAAGUCAAGGGGCAACUUCUGCUGUGAGUGGUGUAGUUAUCAGACACCUCGAAGGGAACGCUGGUGUGACCAUAUGAUGAAGAAGCAUCGCAGCAUGGUGAAAAUAUUGUCCAGCUUGAGGCAGCAGGAUGGGAACAGUAUGCAAGAGUUAUCGAGCAAGGGUCCGCCGAGCCCCACCCAAAAUUCCAACUAUAUACCUAUGAACGCUUCUGGACGGGAGAUGCCAAAUGCAAAUGUCUCAAACUUCAGGGGCUCUAUGAAUAAUUCUCUUGUCAGGUCCAACUCUUCUACUUCUUCAAAGUUUUCUUCUGUUUCUUAUCCUCACAUGAAACAUAAGGCACCUCACAACUCGGGCAUUGUUAGUAUGUCUGACAGAUCCCGUUACGGGAUUGCUGACAUGACGAAUUCUUCUGCUGAUAUGGAUACGAAUAGUAUGCUAAAUGACUCAAGUUCUGAUGAUGAGCUGAAUGAACUAGACAGUGAGAAUGGGUUGAACUCCAUAGAUCACCAGGCUUCUGGACUAACUGCAGAGCAGCUCAUGGGAUCUGAGGGCCACAAAUUAUUGGAAACAAAGGGGAUCCCAUUUAGGAGAUUUAUGAACAGAUUCCAGUGUCCUUUCUGUCCUUUCCUCACCAUGCAUCGGCGGAGCAUUUCUCGCCAUAUUGAAAAUAUCCAUCUCUCUGGAAAGACAGCAGUAUACAAAUGUGAUGAAUGUCCUUUUACUUGUAAGAGCUCCUUCAAACUUGGGGCUCAUAAACAGUGUCAUACAGGGGCAGCGUCAGACUGGGAUGCAGUAAAUUCUCAAACCGAGAGCAUUGCUUCUUCAUUGAAUGAAAGCACAGUAUCCUACGAAGGAGGCAAUAUAAAUGGCAGGAAGUCUGGGGGAAUGAUGGAUUCCAUGCAGCAGCAACAACAGUCUCCACAGUCCAAUUCACAACACCCAUAUAAAUGUACCAUGUGCAAUUAUUCCACUACUACUUUGAAAGGUCUUCGGGUUCAUCAGCAACACAAGCAUUCAUUUUGUGACAAUUUGCCAAAAUAUGAGGGGCUAUCAUCCAAUACGCCACAAGAAAGUGAGCCUGACACUCAUGCUUCUCCCAGCACUGUGAAGAAAAGCCAGACCUCAAUUCUUGGACUGUCUUCUAAAAACAAUUUUGUAGCUAAAUCUUCUAGAAAGAUGUCCAAUGACUUUCCUCUAGACCUAUCGCCCGUCAAGAAGAGAACGAGGAUUGAUGAGAUUGCUAGUAAUUUGCAAAGCAAGAUCAAUCAAAACAAGCAACAAGAAGAUGCAGUGAUCAACGUAGAGGACGACGAGGAAGAAGAGGAAGACAACGAAGUUGAGAUAGAGGUAGAACUGGACAAGGAAGAAGAGCAAGCAGAGCAAUUGAUGGAAAUUGCAUCAUUCACGUCCCAACAAAUGUGGGGAAGAGAUGCUGUUGAAUCCCAGAAGGACUCGGGUUACAGAAACAUCCCGCAGGAUUACCACUCCACAAAUGGUGCUGAAAUUGAGUUAACUAUCUCUGAGGAUGAAGAGGACUAUUAUGGCUCUUCAGUUGGCUUGAAGGACCAAGGUCUGAAUUCAUCGGUUUUGGGCAGCCAGUCGAGUAUGUACGGAUCGGAUCAAAACAAUGAAAAUUCUGACUACGGCGAUUCUGGAAGGCUUUAUUAUUGUAAACACUGUGACUUCAGCAACAAAUCUGCCAGGAGUGUUAGUACUCAUUACCAACGGAUGCAUCCGUACAUUAAAUUCAGCUUUAGGUAUAUCCUAGAUCCCAAUGAUCACAGUGCAGUGUACAGGUGUCUUGAAUGUUACAUUGAUUACACAAACUUUGAAGAUUUACAGCAGCAUUACGGCGAGCAUCAUCCUGAAGCUAUGAAUGUACUAAACUUUGACCACUCUGAUUUGAUUUACCGAUGCCGCUUCUGCUCGUACACCAGCCCGAAUGUUAGAAGCCUAAUGCCGCACUACCAAAGAAUGCACCCAACAGUUAAAAUUAACAAUGCGAUGAUCUUCUCCAGCUACGUGGUUGAGCAGCAAGAAGGGUUAGCCGCAGAGUCGCAAACUCUGAGAGAGAUCUUGAAUUCUGCCCCGAAAAGUCUGGCGACGUCCACUCCAGUUGCGCGCGGGACGGGCAUGUCUGCUGCUUUCAGCAAGAACUCUUCGAAAGGCGAUAGCCCUGAAUCUGACAGCCAGAAGGAGUCCUCAGUAAACAGUGUUGUGGUUUAUGAUUGUGACGUGUGUUCGUUUGCAAGUCCUAAUAUGCAUUCUGUCUUGGUACAUUACCAGAAAAAGCACCCUGAAGAGAAGGCUUCGUAUUUCAGGAUUCAGAAGACAAUGCGUAUUGUGUCUGUCGAGAGGGGCUCGGCUCUGGCUCAGAUGGCGUAUGAAAUGGGAUCGCCUGUUUCCCCCAAAAUGUCCAGCAUGCCUUCGCAACUGCCACCUCCACCACCCCCGGACCUGCCGACAGAACUUUACUACUGCAAACACUGCUCCUACAGCAAUCGGUCGGUGGUCGGAGUUCUGGUGCAUUACCAGAAAAGGCACCCGGAGAUAAAGGUUACUGCAAAAUACAUUCGGCAAGCCCCUCCCACUGCAGCCAUGAUGAGAUCUGGGGAGAUGCCUCCCGGUAUCCAUAGGCCGCCCGGAUCUAUGCAGCAGCUGAACAGGGGCAAUGCCGGGAGCUCUGCCGCUGCCACGGAGAAUGAGAUGUUCUUUUGCCAGCACUGUGAUUAUGGAAACCGGACUGUGAAAGGCGUGCUCAUACAUUACCAAAAGAAGCAUCGGGAUUUCAAAGCCAACGCGGAUGUGAUUAGGCAGCACACUGCCACCAUCAGAAGCCUCUGUGAUCGUGGCCAGAAAAAUUCACCCGGAGGCCUGCGGAUUCACACCUUGAACGCCGAACGAGAAAAGCCGAAGCUGAGAGCUCUCAAAUGCAGGCAGUGCUCUUAUACCUCUCCCUAUUUCUACGCGUUGAGGAAGCAUAUUAAAAAGGAUCACGCAAGCCUGAAAGCCACAGUCACUUCGAUUUUGCGGUGGGCGUUUUUGGACGGCUUAAUAGAAGCUGGAUAUCACUGUGAAUGGUGCAUCUAUUCUCACGGUGAGCCCAGCGGCUUGCUCGUGCAUUACCAAAGGCGGCACCCCGAGCAUUACGUUGACUAUACAUACAUGGCAACGAAGCUGUGGGCGGGGCCAGAUCCUUCGCCUCCAGCCUUGCUGAUACCAUCAGAGAUGAAAACGUAUAAAUGCAGAGACUGCAUUUUUGAAGCCUCUUCCAUAUGGGAUAUUACUAAUCACUACCAAGCUUUUCACCCUUGGGCGAUGAAUGGGGAUGAAUCAGUGUUGCUGGAUAUCAUAAAGGAGAAAGACGCUGCUGAGAAAGCUAAUCCAGCUUGCAACGAUGCUGGAGCCGGGAUGAAUUCAGAGGACCAGAUAACAGCAUUAGUACCGCAGGUGGAUCACGAUGCAGAGUACGCAGAGGAUGCAAACCUCCCCCAAGACAAAGCUAUCCAGAUCACCUCUGCAAACCCUGCAAUAUCUUCAACCCCGUACCAAUGCACAGUGUGCCAGUCAGAGUACAACAAUUUGCACGGCCUCCUGACUCAUUAUGGAAAAAAGCAUCCUGGGAUGAAGGUGAAAGCUGCGGAUUUUGCACAAGACGUAGACAUCAACCCGGGAGCUGUGUACAAAUGCAGGCAUUGCCCAUACAUUAAUACACGCAUUCAUGGUGUCCUUACACACUACCAGAAACGACACCCUUCAGUCAAGGUCACGGCAGAAGAUUUUGUGCAUGACGUGGAGCAACCUAAUGACAUGAACCAGAAUGACGUGGAGGAGACCAGCAGAAUUUUCAAGCAAGGCUAUGGUGCUUACAGGUGCAAAUUGUGCCCUUAUACACACGGUACUUUAGAAAAACUCAAAAUUCACUAUGAAAAAUAUCACAACCAGCCUGAAUUUGAUGUGUUUGCCCAGUCCCCUCCUAAGCUAUCUGCCUCCGUGGAACCUGAAGUAGUCGCUGAAAUUAAGCCCUCUCCAGAAAUUGUCCCCGAGGAAAUCAUUGGAGAUGAUUCUGUGCCACUGCCUCACUUCUCAAGUUCCCAUUUGGUUUCUCACACUGUGUUCCGAUGCCAGCUCUGUAAGUAUUUCUGCUCGACCAGGAAAGGGAUAGCAAGGCAUUACCGGAUCAAACACAACAAUGUCCGGGCACAGCCAGAGGGCAAGAACAACCUCUUCAAAUGUGCUCUGUGUUCCUACACAAACCCUAUCCGCAAAGGUUUGGCGGCACAUUACCAGAAGCGCCACGACAUCGACGCGUACUAUACUCACUGCUUGGCAGCUUCGAGGACUGUAAGUGACAAACCGAACAAGGUGAUCAUUCCAUCUCCCCCCAAAGAAGACUCUCCUCAGUUAAGUGAGGAGUUGAGGAGAGCAGUGGAGAGGAAGAAAUGCUCUCUUUGCUCCUUCCAGUCGUUCAGUAAAAAAGGAAUCGUGUCCCACUAUAUGAAACGGCACCCCGGCGUCUUCCCCAAGAAACAGCAUGCAAGCAAGUUGGGAGGUUAUUUUACAGCCGUGUACGCUGACGAGUAUGAGAAGCAGCAAGAGCCACCAGAGGAGAGGAAUGAUUUUGAGAAACCUGAAGUUGAAGCUGAGGGUCAGGAGAUGGAGUGGCUCCCCUUCCGAUGCAUCAAGUGUUUCAAACUCUCCUUCAGCACGGCUGAGCUGCUGUGCAUGCAUUACACGGACCACCACAGCAAGGACUUGAAAAGAGACUUCGCCAUUCUGGGGAGCGGCCCCCGCUUCCAGAACCCCGCUUUCCAGUGCAAGCACUGCGACAGCAAGCUGCAUAGCACAGCGGAGCUGACCGCGCACUUGAACAGUCACAACGAAGAAUUCCAGAAGCGUGCCAAACGUCAAGAGAGGAGGAAACAGCUUCUGAGCAAGCAAAAAUAUACAGAUGGUGCAUUGGUGGAUUUCAAACAAGAGCGGCCUUUUGGUAACUUGGAAGAAAUUUCAAAGCUGAAAGAGAGAAAAGUUGUAGGAUACAAAUGCAAAUUUUGCGUGGAGGUUCAUCCAACACUUCGAGCCAUUUGCAACCAUCUCCGUAAGCACGUCCAGUACGGGAAUGGCUCCGUGGUGUCUGCUGCAGUCAAGCAGGAGGCUGAAGAUCCUUCACAUGCAGCUUUCUUGGAGGGUAUUGAGGGAGCCAAAGACCCUGGCAAUGUUGCCACUGUGGAACUUGCGGAAGCUGACUCUGGACCAUCACUGGAAGAUGAAACCAGACCUGGUGGCUACCACUGCAGCCAGUGUGACCGGGUUUUGAUGUCUAUGCAGGGUCUACGAUCGCAUGAGAGGAGUCACUUGGCACUGGCCAUGUUUACUCGCGAAGACAAGUACAGCUGCCAGUAUUGUCCCUUUGUCUCUGCUUUCAGGCACAAUUUGGAUCGUCAUAUGCAGGCUCACCACGGACAUCAUAAGCCCUUCCGCUGCAAGCUCUGCCCCUUCAAGUCCUCCUAUAACAGCCGGCUGAAAACUCAUCUCCUCAAAGCACAUGCUGGUGAACAUGCCUACAAAUGCUCCUCCUGCUCAUUUUCCACCAUGACAAUCAGCCAGCUGAAAGAGCACUCCCUGAAAAUGCAUGGGAAGGCACUGACACUACCAAGACCGCGCACUGUCAGCCUUGUAACCUCGCAUGCGCAACAUGCCUCCAAGAACCACACCACUGCUGAAGAAGGGGAAGACUCUAAUGAUUCUUCCUAUUCAGAGCCUCCAGAUGUCCAACAGCAAUUGAACCACUAUCAGUCGGCAGCUCUGGCAAGGAAUAAUAACAAUAUUAGCCCCCCGCUUUCCGGAACAGACCAGAAAGCUGAAGCUGUCCUUAACUGUGAAUUUUGUGAAUUCUCCUCGGGUUAUAUUCAGAGUAUUCGGCGUCAUUAUCGUGACAAACAUGGAGGGAAGAAGCUUUUUAAGUGCAAAGAUUGUUCCUUCUAUACAGGCUUUAAAUCUGCUUUUACUAUGCACGUUGAAGCUGGGCAUUCGGCCGUUCCUGAGGAAGGACCCAAAGAUCUACGCUGUCCUCUGUGUCUGUACCACACCAAAUAUAAACGGAACAUGAUUGACCAUAUCGUCCUUCAUAGAGAAGAACGAGUGGUCCCCAUAGAAGUGUGCCGUUCCAAGCUGUCCAAAUAUUUGCAGGGAAUUGUUUUCCGCUGCGAUAAGUGUACCUUCACCUGUUCGAGCGACGAGAGCUUACAGCAGCACAUAGAGAAGCACAAUGAGUUAAGACCUUACAAAUGCCAACUCUGCUAUUACGAGACCAAGCACACGGACGAGUUGGAUGCUCAUCUUCGAGAUGAGCAUAAGGUGAGUCGCAACUUUGAGCUGGUUGGACGGGUUAACUUAGAUCAGUUGGAACAAAUGAAAGAGAAAGAGGAGUGUUCCAGCAGCGAUGAGGAAGAAAAAGAAGAAGAGAUGAGUCCCAAGGCAGAAGAAAGAGAGUCCAUGAGAUUCUCAGAGAACGGACCUCCAGAAAAACGGUUCCCAUGUGAAUUUUGCGGUCGAUCGUUUGCCGAAGGCUCUGAAUGGGAGAGGCAUGUAUUGAGGCAUGGCAUGGCCUUGAAUGAAACCAAGCGAGUGAUUGCUGAAGACGGCCAGCUGAAAGAAAGCAUGGAGGACAACGUUAAGGUACCAUUGGCAGAAGAGAUGGAGAGCAGCGCGGAAAUAGUGGUAGACUUUUCCCACCAGAACGACACUGCUGUCUGUAUUGUUGCUGCUGCUGAUAAAUCACUCCAAGAGAAUGCGGAGGCUGAAAGUGAAUGAACACCUGGCGUGAUUUCAAACAACCUACUUCAACAGUGAUCAAUGGGAGAGGGCAGGGAGGGGGACAAGGAAGACUCAAAGCUGCUUUUAGGACUGAAUGAUCUAUUUUCAAAGCACUGGUACCUGUGUGUGUGUGCGUGUGCGUGUGCGUGUGUGUGUGUGUGUGUGUGUGUGUGUGUGUGUGUGUACAUAUAUUAAAUUUAUUUAAGUGAGGGCGAUGAAAAAUGUGACUUUCGCGACAUCGCUGCGGCUGUUCUGGAUUUUGACAAUGGGAAGUUCCGUUCAUUUGAACUUGAGAAGCAACCUCCCCAGUGUUCCUCGUGUUAAUGCCAACGUGCUUUGCCAUGGAGACUUCGGAUUGUUUCAAGAAUGGAAGGUGUCAUGAGGAUGGAAGAAGUACAGGAGGGACAACUCUUAAGCGCACAAGUUGGGGCGCUUUUUUUUCUAGUUUUAAUAUACAUAUUACGCUUUUCCAGACUGAAUGACUGACCAACGCUUUAGAAAAAAGAAGAAAAACAAAAAUAAAAACUGCUUUUUUUGCUUAAAACAGUCACCUGUUUCCUAGUACCUCAGAAUUAACCAAGGGAAAUUUUAAAAAAAAAUACAAAUCUCUGCAUUUGUCAGUACUACCUGUUGUCAUUGUGGUUAAAUGUAGAGAGAGAGAGUGAGAGAGAGAGACUGACUGACUGACUGCUGGGCCAGAUAGUGAAUGGAAGAAAAAUUAAAAAACCACAAAGUUUUAAAAGAAAGGAAAACAAAAUUGUGCUCGAAAUCCCUGCGGGGGUUUUAUUUCUUAAAAUACUGUGAUUUUUUUAAUUAUUUUAGUAAAAAAAAUUACAAAAAAGAGAGAGAAUUCCUAGAUACCUGUCUGUGACUUGUCAUCUUUUAUUCCAGGUAAGCUGUUUGUUAGCAUUUGGCUAUGAUUUUAGGGUUCCUUUUUUGAUAGACUCAUGUGACUGACUCCGUGCCGUUUUUGUUUGGCCCUGUGUCUCCGUUCACUCAGCCUGAGGGAUUACAAUACAGCACAAUUAAGUUGUUGUGUUUUUUUUCAUGUAAAGUAACGUUAUUUCCUCCACCCCCAGGAAACCUGGGGUGGGGGAAAGAGGAUUAGUUCUUGUGAAUAGAAUAUUUCUUUCUUUGUUUAGUUUUAAACAUGUGGAAAUAGCAAAGAAGUAACUUUUGUAAGAAAAAGAAAAAAAAAGAAAAAACCCAUUAAACUAAAGAACCAAACUUACAGCACAGCUAUGCAGGUUGCGGACCAGUCAAAAGGGUCCUCAUAAUCAUUCUGUUGCUCGUCAAAUUUAACAUCUCACACUGAUUAUUAUUUUGGUUUUUAAGAACGGUUGCCUUUUUUUUCCCUUUUAUAUGUGGCGUGUCUUGUUUCGGUGCGACGGGGGAGGGACGGAGGGGAGGGAGUUGAUGAACACGUCCGCGAGCCUGAGGUGACCGAGCUCCGUAAGCGUUGGGGCCUGGAGAAUCCUCUCGGCGGAUUUCAAGAUGGGGAGUUAAACUGUUUGUAUUGCCUCCCAUUAGCUCUUCGCAUGAGGGGGAACAGCGUAGCAUUAAAUAGGAAUCUACACGCAUGGAAUCUGAGCUCCCAGUUCCUUAUUCACGCAAAGAACAUUUUUUUUGUGUGUGUGUAUGUGUGUGAAUAUGAAACGGAAGAGACAGACCCUGUGGGUAACGGUCUGAUUGUGAACAAAGGGGUAUCUUUCCAAAAAAUUAGACAGUACUUGACUGAAUCCUAGUUUUAGAAAUGCAUGUCUCUCUUUGGGUUAGUUUUUCUUUUUCAUAUUUUUUUGUUUGGCUUUGUUUUAAACUUCGAGGAUAAGGGGGGGAGGGGAGGGGAGGGGAAGAGGAAGGAAGGAAGGAAGGAAGCUGCUGAGAAGUCAGGUGUCCCAACAGAACUUCUUUUCGAAUUGAUGGCGAGAAAGAAAAGAAAACAAUACUGUUGCAUUUGUGGAAUAAGUGCUACUUGAAAAGCAUGGUGUUUUGAUUUUGAGGAUUCAUAUUUUGGGGGGGUGUGGGAGGUGGGGGUUUUGCUUUUAUUUGAAGGGAGGGAAAGUCAUGUGGAAAACACUUUGGAAGGACAAGUAUAAAUACACAUUUUUGUGUCUGUAUGUUUUUUUUUAAAUUGGCCUCAUUUCAAAUGUAUUUAAACAGUUCCAUACCUGGAUUGGGUGUUUGUAAUGGUUACCAAAAAUGAAAAAGAUGAAAAAAAGAAUUAAAUGAUUGUGACAUGCUUUUAUCACUAUUUUCAAAUAACAUGUAAAUAUUGUAAUCCAUUGGACUUGUUUUUGUUUUGUUUUUUUGCUAACCUGUUAAUAAAUAUAUGGGACCAUUAUCCUUUUUAACAAGCCUAGAAUGUCAUAUUUUUGUUGUGUUUUUUACCCCUCCCAAAUGUAUACCUUGAUAUAUUGUGGACACAUAUUUUAGAUGCAUUAUUAUGAUUCUGUUGGCUGUAAUGAUGACCUAGGAUUGAGAAUAACAUUUUUUUUCAUUUGUUUAAUUUAUACAGAGGACUUUUUCAGAGUUUGACAGAAGGAAAUAAAUAGCAAAAUGAUAACCCACUGGCUCCAGAACUCAGUAUUUCCUAAUUAAAAUUAACUACUGCUCAGUGUUUGGUGAAAGGAGUGGAAGUUCUGAAAUGUUGCACUGAUAACUUUUUUUAAGGCAAAAAGAAAAUGAAUAAAGAAUUUUCAAAAGCAAA